UCUUUGCUUGGAAAUCGCCUGACUCAGCAACAAGAUAUCGGUCAUAAACCAAAACCCUACAGGACUGGCUCCUAGAGCGGGAAAGAUGAAAUGAAUCCUUUGAUCUGAUUGGCUACAUCGGCAAAUCGUGACAUAAAUUUGGGUAGGAGAGUGUUACGAGCGAAGACCUGGGAUUGACUUUAAAAUUAAGGGUCCAGUUUUCCCUCGGCCAUAAGAAGUUGCACCACAAAGUGCAAUAUUGUUUCAAAGGAUAAAUCAUAAAUUUCCAAAAUUCUGUGAUCUGUUUCAAAAUAAUUUUAAAUUUCUGGGAUAACACUCGUCUCGAGAAUAUGGAGUACUCGUCAGAAGAACGCGAAAUGGAGGCUGAAGCACUUCAAUCAAUCUACGGAGAGGAAAUUGUUACAGUGAAGAGAUCGCACGAGAAUGAACCUGUGUCUUAUGAAGUAAACUUUCAACAUAAUAAGACAGCCAUCAUUUUUACAUUACCAGAGAACUACCCCAAUGUUGCACCUUCCAUCAGUGUUACACAGGAUAGUCAACCAGCUUAUACAGAACUGGAAUCACUGUUGUACCACACUGCACAGGAGAGCUGUGGUGAAGUAAUGAUUUAUAAUCUCAUUGAAGAAUCUCAGAACUGGUUAAAGAAAAUGGAAUUGUCUAAACAACUGAUGCUUUCCUCACACGGCAAGAAAAACUCUCUAGAUGAUACAGCCAAUAUUUGCAAAUUCUUUCUUGAUGGGAAUUGUAGAUUUGGAGUCAAGUGCUUUAAUAAACAUGUUGAAGGUGUGCAAGUUAAAAGUGGUGCGCAAAAUGUUGAGGACAGAUCUGAUUCCACCAAUGAUGCUGAAAAGGUAAAAGAUGCAGCAAAGUCUGUCCACAACUCUGGAAAUAUGCAUCUGGAAAAGAAAGAGGUUAGCGGAAGCAAGAAGAAACCUCCCAUGAAAACAGCGGGUGACGUCAUCUCCAGAAUUCAAUGGGAUGAGGAGCUUUCACCAAAAGAUUUUGUGGUUGGUUACCUGGAUAGAUUUAUUGGAAUUGUAGAGAAAGACUUCACAGAUCUCUCAUGGGAGAAUCUGGCUUCUGUGGAUCACUUUGUUGACCUUGCCAUUCCUCGUCACAGAAUUCAGUAUUUCAAGUACCAUGGAGAAAUUGUUUGGGACAAGCGGGAACGUAUUGAUAGAGUCUUUGGAUCUACAGGAAGCAAUGAGACCAUUCUGGAUGUCAAAGAGAGGAUCAGCACGUCACAAAACUCUGAUGAAGAGGAAGUAACAGAGGAAACAGCUCCUAAUGUUGAAGUAAUUUCCAAUGCUUCUGAGCCUCUUAAUGCGAGGUCUGUUAAAGAAAAGAAUGGGCCCAAUUAUUUCAUUGCAAUACAGAUUUCAGAUGAGGGGAUAAUCAACAACAUUAAUAAAAUCCAAAAUAAGAUCCAACUAGAGCUUGGGCAAGAAGCAGAGUAUGAAGAAACAUCAAGUCAAAGCCUACACAUCACUUUGCUGAUGUUAACUCUGAAGAAUGAAGAUGAUGUGACCACUGCUAAGAACAUUCUCAAGUCAAUCCAACCUUUGUUGGUGUCCUUUCUUCCACUCAGCCAUAAAUUGCAAAUCAAUGGUCUUGGACAGUUUCACAACAGAAUUCUUUACGCCAAAGUUGAUCCUGAUGACAGUUUGUUGAAAAUUGUCCAAGCUUUGAAAUUCAAAUUUGGAAAGGCUGGAAUAAGUUUGGAAGGAAACCGUGAUCAAUUUGUACCUCAUCUAACUGUCAUGAGGGGAAGAUCAUUAACUGAUGAGUUACUGAGAAAGUUGGCAGAGACAAUGAAAUCUAACCUUGAAAUUGGACAACAGGCUGUAGACUCUCUCAUUCUGUUCUCCAAAUAUCUGCCAAAAACUGUUGAUGGUACUCAUCAGAAGAUUUUAGCAGUGGAAAACUCCUUGAAGGUACUGUCUUCCACCUUGCCAACAAAGUUCUGCCAAUAUGCCGAUCAUUUGUUUGGAAACAAGGAAAUUUGUGAAGAUGAAAGAAAUAAAAUCAAAGCACUUUUUCAGUCUGGGAAUGCCACAGAAAUGGAUAUGGGUCUUGCAAGACUGACAGAACUCAGAAACUCUGUUCAAGAUAUGGAAAGAGUGCUUCUGAUAUUGAGAGGUAUUCCUGGAAGUGGAAAGACACAUCUUGUUGAAAACUUGGAAGAAGCUAGAGAACCAGGUGGAUUUACAUACUGUAAUUCAAGACAGUUGUUUCACAAGAAAGGUGCUUUGGCCUUAGAUAUCUGUGAACUAAACAUUGCCGAGGCUUACUGUCGCUCUUGUUUCCUGGUUGCUAUGGCAAAUUUAUGCCCCUUUGUUGUAGUGGAUGAUGUCCAUGCCAAGUGUUGGGAGUAUGCAGUGUACAGGUGUCUUGGUCAAGCCUUUGGUUAUACAUGUCAUGUUCUUGAGAUAAGAGUGUCAGAGCCUGAAGACAUCAAGUCAUGUCAUCAGAACUGUGAUUCUGAACUGCAACUGAAGCAGCUUCUGGAGUAUGUACAAGAGUGGGAGGAGGACACAACAGCUACCAUUAUCAAACCCUGGUUCACAAAUUUGGACCAUGCAAAAUUUACAGAGCCAGUUUCACUCAAAGAACUUUUGAAAAAAUUUUGAAAAGGUUGAAAUAGUAUCUUAAUUGCAUUUCAAGGGGUUUGUGUAACUGUAGUGGUUACCUACUGUGGUAGCCAUUUUCUCCAUACUGUGCUCUAUACAUUUCCUAAGGUGCUGACAAGGAGAAUUUAUUUAACAAUCAAGGGCUUCUUUAGUUGGUGAUCACUUCCUUUAUUCAUGUGACCUUAGUGUGUGAAUCAGGGAGGGGGGUAUUGAUAGGAGAAAUUAGAUGUUGGUCAGUCUUAUAGGUCAAAGGGUUAAAGGUAC